AUGGCCCGCCUGUUGGAUCUUCCAGAUGAGGUGAUUCUAGAGAUCAUUGACUACCUACAAACAGACACUAAGCAAAUCAAAUUGCCAUUCUAUGGGCUUGGAGACGCGUACCGCUAUGCCAUCAACCAUGAUCCAUCACAGAGAGUUAAAUACCUGCACUCUCUUUUACUCGCCUCCCGCCGCUUGAACAGUCUUCUAACGCCAAUAUUUUAUCGUGAUAUCUUUGUCCGUGAAUACUGUCGCGUCGGCGAGAAGAUCCCGCUAGAGCAGCUGAAGUGGAGUCUGGAGAAGAACCCGAGUCUCCAGGAACACAUCGUUUCAGCAAUCAUUCCAUGUGCCAGCUACCACUCUAUUCGUGAUAUCUUUCAUGCCUUUUGGUUCACCAACAUACAGACCCUUACCAUUCACGGGUUUCAGGAUUGGGAGCCCAUGCAAUUUGAAAACAACUCACAUGUUGGCACCUCGCCCGUGGAAUGUCUGCGGCUGGUUAACUGUGGGGCGCAUGAGGAAGCUUUAGGCACUGUAUUAAGCUGGCCAGCAGCUUUGAAAGUACUUCACUACGAUGCCGAGCAAGGCGAGUGGGAGGGCCAUUAUGGAGAUGAGCCAGCUAAAAGCUGGACAUGUGCUGCUUUUGUGCGCACACUGCGAUCACAAAGGAGAACGCUGGAAGAACUAACGAUGACAAGGCCGUGGCUUGAUCAUGAAGGAUUGGGCAAUGGACCUCGCAUUGAUCUAAGCGAAUUCACAGCCCUUGAAACUCUACGCAUUUACCAUGUCUUUCUCUGUGGGUGGGACGAUCCGUCUGGGGUCUGGAAAGGCUUACCUCAUAGUCUGGAAGUGUUAGAGGUCUUUUACGAUGAUGGCGACCUUACUCAAUUUUUGUGGGAGAGUGACGAUGAGCCGUACGAUACUUUUCUUCUUGAUUUAAUCAGGCAUAAGAGGGCGCAUCUUCCACAUUUACGCACGGUGACCAUCUACUCGUUUGACAACGUCUAUGAUCCUGAAAGAGAAGAGGAUCUGCCCGCAGGACUCUGGACGCUGCCGUCUACACUGGCGCGCGAGGCUGAAGCCGCUGGUAUAAAGCUGGAUGUGUGGCUGGGAGUUCCGGAUGCUCCAAACUUCGAGGAAGCUGACGUUUUCGGGUCACUGAAAAUUAGUCAAAACGAACAGUCUAGUCGAUCCAAGCAAAGAGUGGCGGCUAGACUGAGCAGUGUACCACAACACAAUUUCUCCCAGGAACCUUCAGCAGGGAGGGUCAAGGCCUACGGACGCUAUACCCAAUUGCAGUUCUAA